AUGUCGCGAAAGCGUCUUGAUGUUUUCUCUGUAGAUGGGGUGUCGUCCGCGGGUAACUGCAGUUAUUAUGAUGUUUUAAAGCACCUGAACUUGAACCAUCAAAAUCUGAUGUUUUCCGUGACCCGGCCUGUUAAUAACCACACAACGCCCACGCAGGUACACCUGGAUCUUCUGCUCCAUGCCAUUCUAGAGGUGAAAGAGAAGGACCAGAUAUUUGUUCCUUACGUCUGGGUCACCAUGUGGUGGAAGAAUGACUUCAUUGAUUGGAAACCUGAUGAAUUUUGUGGUAUUACCACUGUGUCCGUUCCUAACGAAAUGAUGUGGAAGCCAGAUCUCACUAUUGAAGAGAUGACAGAGAAGGACAAGGCCGCACCUAGUCCUUAUCUUGCCAUUACAAAUGAAGGUAAUGUUGAACUUACAAACGACCAGGUGUUGGUCAGCAUCUGCAAGAUGCGCAUUUACAAAUUCCCCUUCGACACUCAGAGCUGCAGCCUCACCUUCAAGUCUGCCAUACACUCUGUUGAGGAAAUGGAGCUUAUUCAGUAUGGCAACUCUUCAAUGGCCACAAAGGAAUCUCGCGAGGUGAUGCGGUCCCACUCUGAGUGGCUGUUUAUCAACAUAACAGUCACCAGCAAAGUUGAUAACCAUUAUAAAAUUAAUCAAAGCUUAGUCAUUUACACCAUCAACAUGAAGAGGAGGUCGGCCCUCUACGUCAUCAACUUCAUACUCCCGGUCCUGUUCUUCUUGUGUCUGGACUUGGCCUCUUUCCUUAUCUCAGACAGAGGGGGAGAGAAGCUGAGCUUUAAGGUCACUGUGCUGCUCGCUGUCACUGUGAUGCAGCUUAUUCUCAAUGAAAUCCUGCCUUCUUCGUCAGACAGAAUCCCACUCAUAGCGGUCUACUGCAUUGGGAUCUUUGCUCUGAUGAUGCUCAGCCUCCUGGAGACGAUUGUGGUGAUGUAUCUGAUGGAGAAAGACUCUGAGUCCCAAGACAACGAGACAGACAAAGACCAAAGCUACAAAUUUCACAGAGAAGUAAAUAAACUGAUCCAUUCCACUUCAGACGGCUUCGAUGUGUCUCCUGGCAAAACGCCAUCUGAACUGCUGGACAAAGAGGGCAGCAGCAGACGACUGAUGGAGGAGUUCUCUGCGUUAGAAAAGUUCUCAGAUGAGCUGAGGGAGGCGAUGAAAAUAAUGACUUUGCUCCUCAACGACAGGAAGGAAGGCGGAAAGCCCGGCUACUGGACCAGAAUGACCAAAAAGAUCAAUAGACUUUUUUUCAUUUUCUAUGUCAUAUCGGCCACUAUGUUUUUACUCUUUCUGUUUUUAACAUGGAUUGAUGCAAAAGAUUAAAAACGCCAAAUAAUGAAAUGUACUGUAGUUCCUAGAAGUUGCAAACACACAGUCACAUGAUCUAACAGGUAAUGCAUUCAUAGCCAAGGUGUAAUUGGUUGUUCAGGUAGUAUUUAGACACAUGUACACAUCUACACACGUCUGUUGCAUGUUUGUGGUUUGGAUCUAACACACAUUGUAGUAUCGGAUUAUUGUACUGGAGU